AGACACAAGAGCAGGAAGGCAGUGCUUCAAAAAUGAGUUCCCAUGAGAAAAGAGAGAAUGAAGACACUAUGUCUGAAAUGAGAUCUCCUUCUCCCAGAUCAAGCUGUGCAUCUUUGUCUGAUAAUUCCAUAUACAAUCUGCCCCCUGAAAUCAGUGAUGCAACAGAGACCUCCAGUGACUGCAGAAUCAACAGGAAGAAGAGAUCAAAAUCUCCUGAACCCAGCAGUGUGUCUAUGAAUAGUACAAGAUCCAUGUAUUUUCCCAUUACAUUCAGUGAUGGAACAGUGACCUCUGCCCCACAUUUAGUAUAAAUAUUUAGUUGCUGAUUUACUGUAAUUUACCUUGAUUAAAUAAUGGUUUAAGAAACCCAAUAAACACUUAAUGUUCUCCAAAAUAUACUACAUACAGUAUACAAUCCACACUGAUAUGUUUCUUAAAAUGUUCAACAGUCAAUGCAAUUACUGUUAUUGCCAUUUUUGCUGUUCUUUCUUUUAAUUCCAGCAUUGUAGAGACAGAUUAUACAAUUGCAUCCUACGAUCAAACCCACAUCAGGCAGGGAAGACCUGAAGCAGUCCUGCAGAGAGUCAAAGACCAGCACAAAACCAGCAUGAUAAACAAGUUUGGUUGCUUAUUUGAGGGAAACAAACUGCAAGAGAAUGAAACCCUCUUGAACAGGAUCUUUACACAGCUCUACAUCAUAGAAGGAGUGAGAGAAGGAGUGAAUGAAGAACAUGAGGUUUUACAGAUGGAGAAAUCAUCCAGAACACAAAACAAUCCAAUAGAUUGUAAUGACAUCUUUAAAUCCUUAUCUAAACCAGGAUAUGAGGAGAAAGACAAAAUCAAGACUGUUCUUACUAAAGGCAUCGCUGGAAUUGGAAAAACUGUCUCUGUGCAGAAGUUCAUUCUAGACUGGGCCAAGGAAGAAGCCAAUCAGGAUGUAGAUUUUAUGUUUGUGUUUCCAUUUCGAGAGCUGAACUUGAUUCAAGAUCAUCAGUACAGUCUUCACAGACUUCUGCUGGACUUUCACCCUGAACUUCAAGAUCUGGACUCAAAGAUUUAUGAGGAGUGUAAAGUUGUGUUCAUUCUUGAUGGUCUGGAUGAAAGCAGAAGGACACUGUUUUCAGAUGAUGAGAAGGUUUGUGAUGUGAAUGAGUCUUCAUCAGUGAGUUUGUUGAUGUCAAACCUCAUAGAAGGAGAUCUGCUUCCCUCUGCUCUCAUCUGGAUCACUUCCAGACCAGCAGCAGCCAAUCAGAUCCCCUCCAAAUACAUCAACCGUGUGACAGAAAUUCAGGGAUUUGAUGAGCCUCAGAAGGAAGAAUAUUUCAAGAAGAGAAUCAGUGAUGAGCAUCAAGCCAGCAGAAUCAUCUCACACAUCAGAAGAGCAAGAAGCCUCCACAUCAUGUGCCACAUCCCCGUCUUCUGCUGGAUCUCAUCCACUGUGAUUGAGAAGCUCCUGAAAGAAGAUCUGAGUGCAGAAAUCCCUCAAACUUUUACUGAAAUGUACAUCCACUUCCUGCUGAUUCAGAUGAACAUGAGGAAUCAGAAGUAUAAAGAAAGAGAUCCAGAGAAACUCCUGAAGUCCAACAGAGAAGUGAUUGUGAAACUUGCUGAAGUGGCUUUCAAGCAGCUGAUGAAGGGCAAUGUGAUGUUGUAUGAGGAGGACCUGAGAGAGAGCGGCUUAGACAUUACUGAUUGUGGUAUUUGUACUGAGAUCUUUAAGGAAGUAUCUGUGAUUCAUCAGAGAAAAGUCUACUGCUUCAUUCAUCUGAGUGUUCAGGAGUUUCUCGCUGCUUUCUAUGUGUUUUACUGCUAUUUAAGCAGCACCAUGGAAGCCCUUAAGACUUUUGAUUCAAUGCACAAUUUGCAUAAAUGUGCAGUAGAUAAAGCAUUAGAAAGUAAAAAUGGACACCUGGAUCAGUUCCUGCAGUUCCUGCUGGGCAUCUCACUGGAGUCCAAUCAGAGACUCUUACAGGAUCUACUGACACACACAGAGAACAGCUCAGAGAGCAUCAGGAGAACCACACAGUACAUUAAAGAGAAGAUCAAAGAUGGACGUGGAUUCUCCACUGAAAGAUCCAUCAAUCUGUUCCUCUGUCUGCUGGAAGUACAAGAUCAGACUCUGUCCAGAGAGAUUCAGGAGUUUGUAAAAUCAGACAAACACAGAGUGAAGAAACUCUCUCCAUCUCACUGCUCAACAAUUGCCUACAUGCUUCAGAUAUCAGAGGAGGUGCUGGAUGAGCUGGAUCUCAAGACAUACAACACAUCAGAUGAGGGCAGAAGAAAACUGAUACCAGCUGUGAUCAACUGCAGAAAAGCUCUUCUUGCUGACUGUAAUCUCACUGCUCAGGAUUGUGAAACUGUGUCAUCAGCUUUACAAUCCUCAAACUCUGUCCUGAGAGAGCUGGACCUGAGUAAAAAUGACCUGCAGGAUUCAGGAGUAAAGCUACUCUCUGAUGGACUGAAGAGUUCAAACUGUCAGCUGAAGAUAUUGAGGUUGUCUGGCUGUAUGGUGACAGAGGAAGGCUGUCAUUAUCUGUCUUCAGCUCUGAAUUCAAACCCCUCACACCUGAGAGAGCUGGAUCUGAGCUACCAUCACCCAGAACAAGCAGGAGUCCAGCUGCUUUCUGACAAACUGAAGGAUCCAAACUGCUCACUGAAAAUACUCAAGUAUGUGGGGUACAAGUUUAAAAACUCUUAAUGUCUGCAGCACGAAAAUAAAACAUUGCUUUGAAAUCAAAAUCAUAAUUUCUUUUGCUGGUACUUCUCAUCUCUGUAUGUACUAAUUAGACAUCUAUGUUACUUAAAAAAAUUUAGUUGUACCUUAUUCUUUUAAUGCUGUUUUUAUAUAUUUAAUAGUGUUUUACAGUGAAAGUACCACAUGGACAGAAUUACUCCAUUUCAUAAAUCUUAACUGUUUGCUGAAAAUAAAACUCUAAAAAGGCAAUGAAUUAAAAAAAACUGUAAAGAAUUUGAAGAUAGAGGUGUGUGUGUGUGUGUGUGUGUGUGUGUGUGUGUGUGU